UACCAAAAAAAGUCGGUCCUUCGCCGGGUUGUCUCUCAGGGGUGUGGCUUCGUAAACCCUUUCUGCUCUUUCCUCUCUCUUUCUCUCCGACAUUCGUUUGCUUUCCGUCUUUCUCCGAGGAUAGAUAUUAGGGUUUAGGAGAUCACCAGAAUCUAGUAUAUUUUGUAGGUCGCGGAGAUGGGUGCGGACAAAGGGAAGAAAUCCAAGGUUGCAGAGAGAGGAGAGGAAGAAGAUUCCGAUCACAUUGAUGGAGAGUUAGUUCUUUCUAUCGAGAAGUUGCAGGAGAUUCAAGACGAGCUCGAGAAGGUUAAUGAAGAGGCAAGUGACAAAGUUUUGGAAGUUGAACAGAAAUACAACGAGAUACGGAGGCCCGUCUACAAUAAGAGGAAUGAUAUCAUCAAAACUAUUCCCGACUUCUGGUUAACUGCUUUUUUGAGUCAUCCUGCACUUGGUGAUCUUUUGAGUGAGGAAGACCAGAAGAUUUUCAAGUUCCUAAAUUCUCUGGAUGUGGACGACUUCAAGGAUGUAAAAUCGGGAUACUCUAUUACCUUUAAUUUCAACCCCAAUCCUUAUUUUGAAGAUACAAAGCUCACAAAGACUUUUACCUUCUUUGACGAAGGAACGACUAAGAUAACUGGUACAACGAUCAAAUGGAAGGAGGGCAUGGACAUUGCAAAUGGUGUUAAUCAUGAGAAAAAAGGAAACAAGCGUCCACUUGCUGAAGAAAGCUUCUUUAACUGGUUCAGUGAGACACAACAGAAAGAUAUUACAGAAGGGAUUCAUGAUGAGGUGGCAGAGAUAAUCAAGGAAGAUUUAUGGCCUAACCCUCUUAAAUAUUUCAACAAUGAGGCUGAUGAAGAGGACUUUGAUGGAGAUGAGGAUGAUGAAGAGGGUAAGGACAUUGAUGGCUUUGAAGAGGAAGAUGAUGACGAACAAGAUGAUGAUGACGAAGACGGUGAUGAGGAGGAUGACAGUUAAUUCUUUCUCAGGGUUUAACAGGGUUUACAUUAUGACCAUCAUGUUUUAGUCAUACCUCGUGGAAGCAAAGUCUCUGAUGCCUGCAGAAAGGCCAGGUGAUAGGGAGCUGACAACUCUUGUAAUGUCUGUGGUGGUAGCUAUGAUCUUUUUUGUUGCUAGCUGACUGCUACCAUGGUUUACCUUUGUUUUGUUUUUUUUUUUUGGGGGGGGGGGGUUCUCUUGGCCUUCAUCUCCCCUGUUUCAUUGGGAUAUGCGGGCUUUCUUGCUAAAUGCAGGGAGUUUUUAAGUUAUGAGGAUAUAUAAUAUUGGGUUUUAUUAGUUUUCUUGUAGAGAGCACCUUUGUCGAAAGCAUGUGCCUUCGUAAUUGUCCUUGUCAGGCCCUUCUAGCCUUUGUGAUCUAAUGCUUUUAGGUUUUUACGCUAUUUCCAGAUAUGAGAUCUCCUGCCCUUGUGCUUCAGGUCCCAA